AUGUCUGUUGUUACUAAAAAUCAUCAACAUCAAUUAAUUUUCACUACUAUUAAUGAAAUACAUGAAACAUCAGAAUAUAAAAAUAAUAAUAAUAUUAAAAAUAAUUUUAAUUUACAACAUGAAAUUAGAAAAGAAAUGAUUAUAGCUAAUAAAAAUCUUACAAAAGAUCAAAAAUCACAAAUGAUUAAAUUAUUAAUAAAAACUCAUGAUCAUAAUAAAAUUAUUUUUAAUGAAGGUAUAAAAAGAAUUUGUGAAAAUUGUCAAGAAGAAUGUUUAGCGACAUUAUAUUGUGAAUAUUGUAUUAGAAAUUAUCUUGAAACUAAAUUUUCAAAUUGGACAUCUGAAAAUAAUGAUGUUGAUGAUUUAAUACAAAAAUGUCAAAUAGAAUCUAUUAGUCCGAAUAAAAUAAUUGAAUGGAUUCCAUACGAUAAUUUACAAAAUGUUAAACUUUUAACCGGAGGAAUUUAUUCAGCGGAUUGGGUUACCGGUUAUUACGAAAUAUGGGAUUCUAAAAAACAACAAUUAGAAAGAUCUAAAACCAAGAAAGUAAUUCUUAAAAGGUUAGAAAAUGUUGAAAAUGCUAACAAAAGUUGGUUUGAAGAGGCGAAGUCUUGUUUCAAUACAAGUAACAAAUGGAAUUCUCUCGUUAAAUAUUAUGGCAUAACUAAAGAUCAAUCAGGUUAUAUGCUUGUAAUGAAAGAAUUAGAUAUGAAUUUAAGAAAUUAUUUACAAAGUCAUAAACUUACAUGGAAAGAAGUAAUUAAAAUUACUCAAGAUAUAAUUUGUGCGCUUUUAAGAAUUCAUGAAGAAAAUAUAAUUCAUAAAAAUUUACAUUCCAGAAAUAUAUUAUUCUUAAAAUACAAAGAUCAAUGGCAAAUUGGUGAUCUUGGAUUUUGCGGUCCAUCUGAUAAAUCAUUAGGCAAUAUAUAUGGAACUCUUCCUUAUUUGGCACCUGAAGUUAUUACUGAAAGAGAACAUAAUUUUUCAUCCGAUAUUUACAGUUUGGGGAUGUUAAUGUGGGAAAUUUCAUCCAGAUAUCCACCAUUUGCUAAUUAUGAACAUGGUGAUUGUAAUUUCAUAAAUGAUAUUAUUAAUGAUAUGAGACCAGAAAUUAUACCAGGAACUCCUUUGGAAUAUAAAGAAUUAAUGAAACAAUGUUGGGACGCUGACCCAAUGAAAAGACCCAAUAUUUUUAUAUUAAAAGACAAAAUAAAUGAGAUGAUGAAUAAAGUACAACAAACAGCAGAUGAUUAUACGAAUAUAAACCUUAUGAACGAUUGUUCUGUUAAUUCAAUAAAUCGGAGUUUUAAUAGUAAAGUCCAUGAUGUAGUAGAUCUAUGUGAACAAAGAAAUAUUAUCAAAGGCAAGUCAUUUUUACAUUGA